UUUUCACAUAUUAUCUGGUUAGGAUAGUUCAGGGGAAAGGCUUAGCCGUGUGCAAAAUAUACAAACUGAAAUCAAGCGUGGUGAGGGGGAGUCGUGUUGAGGUUGUGAUAAUCGGAGGAGUUGAUUUGAAGAAUGAGUGGAGGAGACUGUUACAAGUGUGGAAGACCUGGCCAUUGGGCAAGAGACUGCCGAAGCGGUGGACCAGGUGGUAGUGGAGGUGGUGGUUUUGGUGGCAGAGAUAGAGGAUCUCGAAUGGAUUUUCGCAAUGGUAGAGGCGGUGACAAAUGUUAUAAAUGCAACAGACCUGGCCACUUUGCCAGAGAAUGUAGAAUGGAUCAAGAUCGAUGUUACAAAUGUAAUCAGUUGGGGCACAUUGCCAAAGAAUGUGAAAAAGACAUCGAUUCAGGAGCUUGCUACAAUUGCAAAAAUCCUGGUCAUGUCCAACGAGAUUGUCCUGAAGUAAGCAGUCGUCCAUGCUAUAGAUGUGGAGAGAAUGGUCAUCUUGCUCGUGACUGCCCAGAGGAUCGUGGACCAGAUGAAAGAAAAUGCUAUGGCUGUGGUGGUGUUGGCCAUAUUUCUCGAGAAUGCCCAACUGCUCAACGCAAUCAAGGACGAGACUGCUACAGAUGUGGCUCAACUGAUCACUUGGCUCGUGAUUGCCCAGAGGGCAACAGCAAGACUCAAUGUUACAAUUGUAAUCAGAUGGGUCACAUUGCUAGAGAUUGUCCAGUGGAAUCUAAUGACUUGGUGGCAGCAGCAUGAUGGAGUUGGGUAUCACACUUGUUGCUCAUACAUUUCUGGAAUGCCAUUUUUUUUAAUUAAAAUCUUUUUAUCAAUUGAUACAUAUUUCUUCAUUACAGUUGUUUCUGUACUUUUAUUGAUCUCUAGGGACUAAUGUUUUACUUGUGUAAGUUAAAGUUGUUUUAAUUUUCACUUCUGCUUCUGUAAGAAGAUAUAUACAUCAAGAGUGUUUAAAGUUUAGCUAGUGGUUUGUUGAUUAUUUUUCUUGGUUACAUCAUCAUUAUGUAAAUAAUCAAAUUCUGGUUGAAGGAUUUAAAAUUUUUUUUUUCAACAUUUUUAUUGAAUGGUCUAAUAGUCUAAACAUAAAUUCCUAUAUUCUUGAAAACAUUUUUUUCUCCCCAUUAAUACAUGUUUUAUGAAUUGUUUCUGUUGCUGUAAGAGCCAAAAAGUAAUGUUUUAAUGUGUCAACUUAGGUUCUGGUUACUAUUUAAUGUUUAGAUUUUUUUUCUUCUUCACUAUUUUAGUGCAACAGUUUUGUCCACCCAGUUUUAAGAAAAUGUCAUGGCUUUGUUUAUUUCUCAGUCCUCAAUUGUUAGUUUACCUUAAAGCAGGUUAUAGUUUUAAAGGGUCCACUGGAAAACUAUUUUGGGGUAGUAAUAAUUCUGGAGGGUUAGAAACUGGAACAUUUGUGCAAGAAAUAUGUCCUGAUUGUACCAUUGUCAACCUGGCUCUGUUUAUUGAAACAUUUAUACUAUACUGGUACCACUUUUAGAAGGUAUUUGACGAGUACUGGUAAUUAAAUUGUGAAACACUCAUGUACAUGGCUCAAAGAUGUAGAUGAAUGAAAUUGUACCAAUUUUAACAUAAAAUUAUUCAAAGCAAAAAAAAAUAUUUUUAUUAUUAGCAUUUUUUGUGUACAUAUUUACACAUUGUUCAACAGCAAAACAGCAAGUUGUUCUAUCAUAUACUGCAACUUGAAAAUGAUUGUUUGCCUUACUUUGUGUGGAUGAGCCAUGAGUCAGUUAUUGGAGCUUUUGUCUUAACAUUAUUUCAACAUGAGGGGAGGGAUAGUUUUAGUUGGUCAUACUGGAGGUCAGUGAUUGGUAAAUAUCUACCAACAUGAUUGUUGUAUUUGUGACAGAAGAGUUUGAUUACAAGCUUCAUUGUUUUGUUUUAAAGCCCAGUUUGGUCCAUGAGGUGGAGAGCUUGAGCAGAGGUGAGGUUCGUAAAGGCAGCUGUUCUUUGAAGCUACAAGCUUACUUUACCUGUUUCUACUGUUGUGCAAACAUACUUUUAUUUGAGAAACUAUCAUGUACCAUUGGUGUAUUUUAUGUAGUCUUUCACAAUAUGUGGCUGUUUGCAAAACUGUGGCAAUCAGGACUUUUGCCUGUUGCUUUUAUUCAAGUUAAGCAGAGGGGGGUGUGUACAUAAAAAAUAAACUGUUUGUACUGAUA